AUGCUAACCGCCUUCAUCGCUCGGCCCGUUGUCGAGUUCCGCCAGCGCGACAAGUCCCGAAUCGACUCCAUCCUCGCCUAUGGCGACCGCCUGCUGGUUGGCCUCAAUACCGGCUGCCUGCGCAUCUACCGCCUCAAUGAGUUGAACGACGACCCCGAGCCCGAGCCCGACUCCGCCGAAGAUGGCGACGACCCGCCCAAGCCGAAGCAGAAGCCUGCCGACCUGCUGCGCGAGGUUGAGAAAUUCUCCCGCCGCCCCGUCCAGCAGCUGGCCAUGAUCAAAGAGUCGAGCAUCCUUGUGUCUCUGAGCGACAACUACGUCUCCAUCUACGACCUGCACACCUAUGAGCUGCAGGAGCGUCUCGAGAAGACCAAGGGUGCCGCCACCUUCGCCGUAACCUCCAACAUCGUCAAGGACCCUUCCACCGGCAUCCCCUCCAUCGUCUCGCGUCUCGCCGUCGCCGUCAAGCGGAGGAUCAUACUGUGGUCGUGGCAGGACAUGGAGCUCAUGGAGGACACGGCUGAGAUCACCCUGAUAUCCACCGUCAAGUCGCUCACUUGGGCAACCGGUACCAAGAUUGUGGCCGGAAUGGACCCUGGCUUCGUCAUGGUUGACAUAGAGACCCAGGAAGUCACGGAUAUUGUCAAACCCAGCUCUCUGACUGAGUCCGCUAGCCAGCAGCUCAACCGCUUCGGUGCCGUAAAUACAUCGGGUAUGGGUUACAUGGCUAUGGGUAGCUGGGUUCCCAAGCCCAUGGCAACACGCUUGGGCGACACCGAGUUGCUACUUGCCAAGGAUGUCAACAGCCUGUUCAUCGACACCGAGGGCAAAGCCUUAGAGAAACGCCAAAUUCCAUGGACCAUCGCUCCGGAAGCCAUAGGAUACUCCUACCCGUACAUGCUGGCUCUCCAGCCUCCUGCAAAGGGUGCUCUCGAAGUGCGCAAUCCAGAUACCCUGAACCUACUCCAGACCAUCAGCAUUCCCAAUGCAGCCUUCCUCCACGUCCCCCAGCCCAACAUCAGUUUAGCUCAUGCCGGCAAAGGUUUCCUUGUUGCCAGCGAUAGGUGCAUUUGGCGCAUGGGCGCUUUGCACUAUGAAGAGCAGAUUGACGAGCUUGUGGCCACGGGCCGCUACGAUGAAGCUGUUAGCCUCCUAAACAUGCUGGAAGACACUCUCCUCAAGGAUAAGAACGGUCGCAUCCGAGAGGUGCAGAUCCUUAAAGCCGAAAGUCUGUUUCGACAAAGGCGCUACCGCCAGGCCAUGGAUCUUUUCUCCGAUGCCGUUGCCCCUCCCGAAAAAGUUAUCGCUCUUUAUCCGAGAUCUAUCGCUGGUGACCUCUCUACGAUCGAAGAGCCUAGGGACAGUGAUCUCGAGGCCGAAACCGAAGAUGAGGGUGAGAAGACUGACGAGGAGGCUGCCCCUGCCGAAAAGCACACUGGCAACACUCUUACCCGAGCAAUGUUUGGGAGGCUCGUGGCUGAACAGAAAAAGACGGUCGACUCUGAUACUGCGUCUGUCCGCUCCUUCAAGGCAGAUAGUGACACGAUAAGCAUCAAGGGAAAGAAGUCGGCGGACAACCUUGCCGAUGAGGAUAGGCCAUUACAAGGGAAAGACUUGAUUGUAGCUGUCACCGCGCUUUUCGGUUUCCUGGCGCAGACUCGUGCGCAGCUUCAAAAAUUCAUCCACUACGACGGUACGCUCAAGCAGCCUCUUCCACCCAAGGAGCAACAGAAAGAGCAUUACCAGCCCCCAUUUGCUCCUUUCAUUCUUCUUCCGGACGAGCCGCAGGAAAUAAACUGGCAGGAACGACUUCAUAAAGUGGCAAGCAUCACGGAUACGACUUUGUUCCGCGCAUACAUGCUUGCGAGGCCUGGAAUGGCUGGUCCUUUGUUCCGUCUUGACAACUUCUGCGACCCUGAAGUGGUCAGGGAAAAGCUGUAUGAGAGCGGCCGCUACACGGACCUCAUCGACUUUUUGCAUGGCAAGAAGAUGCACCACGAAGCCUUGGAAUUACUCGAGAAGUUCGGAAAAGACGAGGAAGGCGAAGAUGUCACACCUGCACUGCGUGGCCCGCAAAGGACAAUAGCAUAUCUUCAGCAACUGCCGCCUGAUCUGAUCGACCUCAUCUUGGAAUACGCGGAGUGGCCUAUUCGUGCUGACCCUGAGAAGGGAAUGGAAAUAUUCCUUGCCGACACAGAGAACGCAGAGACUCUUCCCCGGGAUCGCGUGUUGGACUUCCUGCACCAAAUCGACCCAAAGUUGUCUGUCCGUUACCUAGAACACAUUAUCAAUGAGCUCAACGACCACACACCUGAUUUCCACCAGAGGCUCGUCGAUGAAUAUCUUGAUCGGCUACUCAGGGCGAAGGAUGAGGAUGUGUUCGACAGCGAGGAAGAACACAAGGAGUGGCGGGAGAAGUUUGAAGGAUUCCUGAGGAAUAGUCAUCAGUACAACAAAGCUAGAAUUUUCCGAGCACUCCCACAAGACGUGCCGGACUUCUACGAGCCACGUGCAAUUGUUCUCAGCAAGAUGGGUCAACACAAGCAAGCCCUCCAAAUCUACGUCUUCCAGAUCGAAGACUACGACAAAGCGGAAGAAUACUGUAACCAUGUCUUCCUUACCGCCUCUCAGCAACCUGUCUUCGUAACGCCAUUGAGUCGACCUCAAUCCCGACAGCAGGGCAGCUCGCAGCCACCUCUCUUCGGAAUGUCGCAGCAACCUCUCUUCGGAACGCCAUCUAGUCGACCUCAAUCCCGGCAGCAGGGUAGCUCACAGCAACAAGACCCAGAGGAUGCUGAACCAUCAAUCUACCAUACUCUGCUUUCACUCUACCUUACUCCACCUCCCCCGCAUAAACCCAACUGGGAACCGGCCCUCUCUCUGCUCUCCAAACAUGGCGCUCGUCUGCCCGCCUCAUCGACACUAGAGCUUAUUCCGUCUGUGCUCCCGGUCAAGGACUUAGAAUCCUAUUUCUGCGGCCGCAUCCGCAGCGCAAACAGCGUCAUGAACGAAGAGCGUAUCGUGUCUCAAUUGCGCGCUGUCGAGAAGCUCGAGGUCGAGUCUGCUCUACUGCUGGGAGCCGGGCCGCCAGGAGUGGUGGGCGGAAGGAACAGAAGGGUAGUCAUCGGAGAGGACAGACAUUGUAGGGUCUGCGGGAAGCGGUUCGGCAACAGUGCAAUCAGAGUAUAUCCCGAUGGUGCGGUGGUGCACUACGGCUGCUUCAACCGGGCGGGCGCUGCACUUGGAGGAGGAGGAGGAGGAGCCAGGAAAGUUGACGAUUUUGAUUUCAAGAAGCCGGAGAUGGGCAUCCGUCGAUGGGAUACCUUCGGGUGA